GGACCGGGGCCCGCGGAGGGGGCGGCGCCCGGGGAGGAGGCGGCGGGAGCGGGGCCGCAGGGCCCGGGUCCGGCCCGCCUGGCCCGGCUGCCGCUGGCGCGGGUGAAGGCGCUGGUGAAGGCGGACCCGGACGUCACCCUGGCCAGCCAGGAGGCCGUGUUCGUGCUGGCGCGGGCCACGGAGCUGUUUGUUGAAACCAUAGCCAAAGAUGCUUAUGUGUAUGCCCAGCAAGGAAAAAGGAAAACCCUGCAAAGAAAAGACCUGGAUGGGAGAGAAAAACUUCUACCAAAGACUACACUGAUAAUGUCACACACCAUCUCCAAAACAAAUAAUGCCAUUGAAGCUAUUGAUGAAUUUGCUUUUCUGGAAGGUACUUUGGACUGAGCUGGACAGAGACAGAGCUCUCUGGAGAAGGAGACUGCAGAGGUGGUGUGAGAUGGAAAACAGGAUGCUGAGAGUUCAGAAAUAAUUCCUAGAAUUGAGACACUGAAAUUGAGACAUGGCAACCAUGAUAUUUUGUAUGAAGUUGAAGUUGUUGUAAGUUCUUUAUUUAAAAUGCAUAUUUUUUCAUAACUAUUUUGUAUGUCACUUCCCAUGUGGCUGCAGUGCAGCUCUCUGCUCUGGCCAGGUUACACAGCAGUUACUCCCAGUAGCAGUCCCAGCCUCUCUGGGUACUCUGCAGCACCACAGAGCUGUGAACAGAGAGUGGCUUGGCUCAGGUGCCCAGGCACAAGGAAUUUUUUUAAUGGAUGUGUGGGUUUUGUUAUAUAUGUUUGUCUCUUAACACAAUUAAAUUGUUGUUGUUGUUGUUGUUUUUGA